GAGGCAGCGAAAGCAGAGAAGGAGAUUGGGCAGAUAGAUGUGGCGAAAGCUGAGAAGGAUAGGAUUGUUAUGAUUCAGAUGAGAACUUACUGUUGUGAUUGGGAUGAGAUCUUACUUAUGUAGUUCAGAUGUAUGGAUAAUCUCGCCAGUACAACUAUCAUGAAUAUGAAUGCUGUCUCAACAUCUAGGUACUUUUUCCCAAAUAGUGGAUAAAUCUUUUGAUGAGACACCCUUCUAAUGUUUCCGCCAAACACAGACGAGACAAAGCUCUAGCCAACAAACAAGGUAUUUUGAAGAAGAUCCAGCAAGCUAGAGAAGGCAUCGGAGAAACCAAGCUUCUUCAUCGUGCCUUGAAUAACGAGUUAGGGAGAUUAUCCGAUGAAACCAAGACUUCUAGCGGAGCAGUCAGAUCGUUGCAUAAUGAACUGUCAAGCUUAGACGAAUUAGCUGGGGAAUUGCAUGAACUCUGUGUGCGGGAGAACAAAAAACGACGAGCCUUGAAAACAGAAAUCUCCAGG